AUACAACUUGACGUCAAAGAUGCCGACCAGAGCAGGAACUCACGUCCGACGUCCAAGUGAGGGGAGCUUCACGCCGACGUCGGUGGUGUUGCUGCAGAGGAAAGCUAUGGCCGCCGGCAAGCUGCUGGUGCACGUCCGACCAAAGUACUGUCAGGAAUAUGGGCACAGUGAAGCUUGGGAUGGCGUCGUCACUGUUGCCGCACGGAAAAUCCACCGGCCGGCUGAGAGCUAGGGCUGCAACAAAGAACACACCGGCGGCAGUUGAAGAUGGAACAAGGUUAUAGUUACAGCCGGGAAAAAAAACCUAAUUAUAUU